UAAACCAAAGUGUGACAGUGGAGCUUUUCAAGGAUAAUAAGGACCAUGAACACUUGCAAACAGUGAAGCAGGCAGUUGCGCAUUCAGCCAGGACAGUCAGUUUAGAUUUUGGCAUUAAAAACAAAAACUUUGGUACUGAAAAAAAAGGAAUCAUUGGUACUGUAUUGGAAAAAGGUUGUAUUGAUACUUGAGGUCAAGGUUGCUUAAUCUGUGCUGAUGUAUAACUAUCAUUAUUAUAACGGAUUCACACUGAAAGAAAUUCCACUGAAAAAUUAAAACACAGCCAUUAAAACACAUCCAAACUUCCAAAUAUGACAAACUCUGCUCUUACACACUACAUGCUUCAUAUUUGUGGCAUUCUGAUUUGUUUCCCCAACGACAAUCUUCUCAUUUUUCUUCAUGUCAGUUGUUUUUUUAUGCUGACAGUUUCUAUUCAGAGUCAGUGAAAUUUUUAGUUUCAAUUCUCCGGCACUGUUUUGCUGUAGAGGGGAGGGGUUUAGGUGGAAGGAGCAUGGAGAGUGUGAUUUCCUAAUCUGUUGUCUGAGACUGUCUGGGAAUGUAAUUUACUUUUGGUGUUACUUUAUUUUUUCUUUCUUUCUGCAGUGUUAAAACAUGUGUUCAAUAAACUAUGUGUUUUUUGUUGUUGUUUUUUAAAACUAUUUCUCAUUCUACAGACAAUCACAGAAAAUACACACAUACAGUUACAGCAUACUGAUGGAUCUUAGACCCAAAUCACUGUCAAAUCAAGGGAAAUUGUUGUUCUAGGCAAUCUUGAAACAAUGAUACUGUAUAUUCUAUGUCUGUGUGUAUUUUGUGUGGGACAAAUGGUGACAGAGUUCAGGGGGGGCCUUGACACUGUCUCUGUUCCCACCACAGGUGACCAGGUUCCUGCAGGGACAGACACCUGCUGCUCUUUGAAGCAUCGGGGGAGAACCUCGAAACAAUAAAAUAGUUAAACAGCAUAGGAGUGGUCAUACAGAGGUAGGAACAGAGGAAGCUGAUGUGUCAGAGCAGGACAUUGUCUAAUGGUUGCAUUGGUUAUAUGUGGUUAUAGUAUAAAAGUUCCUGAAUGUUCUUGCCAUUUUCACUAUCAAUAACAUAUAUUUAAAUCAUUAUGGCGGUUAUGUUUUCAUGACUUCGAUAAAGCAGGACACGACAGAGUGUGAUAUAGGGGUUUCAUUCUCCAAAAAGGAGCGGUGUAGAACUUUACAAAUACACUUUCAUGCUAUCUAAAUCAUAAAUUAAUUAAUGUCAGAUAGGCUAUUUAUGUAUUCGAAAUAGAUCUGUUGGUAUAUACACUUUAUAUGAGGAUUGGCUAAUGAUUACUCAGGCAUUAAAACAAAUAAUCACCCUACGGUCCAAAGGACACAUUCACUGUGGUUUGAAUCAUAUACCUGCUCAUGAAAAGUAAACAUUAAUUUUCAGCUAAACAAACAGAGUUACACCUGCUCUCACACAAAGACAGAAAUUUGACGGCAGCAGACUAACGCAGGAUGAUGAAGAUGCCAGGAGGAGUCUUGAGUUGCUGUGUAGCUCUGUUGCUUGCCCUGACCUCCGUGUCAGCUGUACCAAAGCUCAAAUCAAUCAACGAUUUGAAGAAAAUCAACUUUGGCAAAUCUGUGCCCAAGCACAGUCUUGUGCUGCUCCACUGGUUUGCCAACAUAGUUAACCUCGACAGUAACAAUGUCAUAUGGCUGACCUUUGACCCAAACAGCAGAGAUUAUGGCUCACAUCACUACGGCAACUUUGAGGAGUUGUUGGACCCACUGCCUUGGGGAUACCGGUACUACACUGUUGGAAAUCUCUAUGAAGUCACAUCUGAGCAACUUCCACUUUAUGUUCGCAAUCCUCCAAGUGAGUAUGUGGGAAGAAACAUGGAUAGGAUCAUAAUUAGAGUCCAGGAACAAAACACCGGACGAGAAGCUUUGCAGAUGAUAGACCGAGUGUAUAUCACACAGCAUUAUGCCACGUCGGAACAUCAGGGGACAAGUUAUGAUCCAGAUCAUACCUACCAGAUCACAACUCGCCUCUUAAGACAAAUCAGAGAGUUUUCAGUUAGAGAACAACAACGGCCACUGUUGUAUCUGAGAAACCGCUAUGGAAGUAACGCGGAUGAAUCCUACAUCAGACAAACAUGGGGUAACCUUGCCUGUCUUGGACUGCUGUUGUUUAUUGUGAUAGAAGAAAAGUCCUCCUCCAACCAGCGACACAACAGAAGACCAGAACACAACAACAAAAGACCAAAACACAACAACAGACCAAAAAAUAGCACAUGGGAUAUCAACAACAGACCCGAAAUCUACAACAGACCGGAAAUCUACAACAGACUAGUAAACGACAGAUCAGAAAACACACAGAGUCGUUGUCGAUGUCGAGCCUUGGCGAUCUGCUGUUUUUUAGGAUUUUUUUUAGUAAUAGAGAUUUUUUUGUUCAUUUAUUUCAAUCACAACUUCAGUUGAUCGGUAACAGUGAAUCAGACAGUAUAAAGAAGUAGUGUGCAGCCAGGACAGCGAGUUUAGAUUUUGUUAUUGAAAACAAAAUGUGAACUGAAAAUGUAAACACUGGUAUUAAAGCACAUGUAUUCAAAGAGUAUUAAAUUAACACAGAAAGAAGUUCCACUGAAAAAUUAAACACACGCAUUAAAAUGACCUUCAGAUUUUUUUUCCUUCAGUCUUUUUUGUGUACGCUGACAGUUUCUAUUCAGUUUCAUUUCUCCGGCACUGUUUUGCUGUAGAGGGGAGGGGUUUAGGUGGAACGAGCAUGGAGAGUGUGAUUUCCAAAUAAUCUGUUAUCUGAGACUGUCCAUAGUUACAAAAUGUCCUGACAGGACAGUUUAUUUUAUUAUACCAUGCAUGUUUAAGGGGUUGGACAUUUUAAGUUUUAUAUCUGUUUUAACAAGAUUGCAGUUUGUUAAUAACAGGAGAAUUCUGUCUUUAUUACAAAAAUAUUGGUACUGGGAAAAUGUUUUUUUAGCUCUCUCUUUCUGCAGUGUUCAAUAAACUAUAAUGUGUAAGUUAGAUUCAUGGCAGUGUUUUUAUUUUAAGUUAAAGGGAACUUUUUUUUUUACUAUUUCUCAUUCUACAGACAAUCACAGAAAAUACACACAUACAGUUAAAGCAUACUGAUGGAUCUUAGACCCAAAUCACUGUCAAAUCAAGGAAAAUGGUUGUUCUAGGGAAUCUUGAAACAGUGAAACUGUAUAUUCUAUGUCUGUGUGUAUUUUGUGCGGGACAGUGGUGACAGAGU